AUGAAAAGUUUGCGAAGUGAUUUCUCUUCGAACCCACAAGCCGCAAAUGUUAGCAGCAAAGUCUUUGUGAGGUCCACGAAAAGUGGAAAAGUGCAAAAGAUUGUUCGUGAGCUUUACCUGAGACAGGAUAUUCCUUGCUCAUCCAAGCUAUGUUCGACAUGCCCGUCGGUCGCACCUGCAGAUGCAAAUGGGAACAUUGCUCCUUUCGUUCUCUCUGAUAAACCCGCCGGCACGGCUGCCUUUCCUCAAGGGCAUUACCUUGUCCCCGAUACGAAUGCGCUAUUGAAUGGGAUGGAUCUGUUUGAGCACACCGGGGCGUUCUAUGAUGUGAUCAUUCUGCAAACCGUUCUCGAAGAGUUGAAAAAUCAGUCGUUACCGCUCUACAACCGCCUGUUGUCAUUAAUUAAGACUGACGAGAAGCGCUUUUAUCUCUUCUUCAACGAAUUCAGAUUGGAGACGCACGUUCGCAGGGGCCCUGAGGAGUCGAUCAAUGACAGAAAUGACCGAGCGGUGCGGACCGUGGCCAAGUGGUAUUCGGAACACCUUCGCCUUACAGCCAAGAAGAAGAAAGAUAGGGCUUUCCCGGCUAUUGUCAUGAUAACGGAUGAUAGGGAGAGUCUACAGAAAGCAAAGGAUGAGAAUGUGACGGCGUUGUCACUGACUGAUUAUGUGUCAGGCUUGGAGGAUUCUGACAGGUUACUGGACAUGAUUAAUGAGGCUAAAGAGGCAAGGGAUACCAAGGAUGCUCAUGGACAGCUGUUUUACCCAGAGUAUUACUCUAUGUCAAAGCUGAUGACAGGUCUGAGGGCUGGUACAUUACAUCAGGGUGUCUUCAAUGUAUCGCCGUACAAUUAUCUGGAAGGGUCGGUCAACGUCGCGGCGUUUGAUAAGCCCCUUCUUAUAUUGGGUAGAGAUAACAGCAACAGAGCCAUCGCCGGUGAUGUCGUUGGGAUUGAAGUCCUUCCAAAGGACCAAUGGAAGUCUCCAUCGACGAAGAUUGUCGACGAAGAAGCGGUUACAAAAAACGACAACCCUGACACUGAGGAUACAGAACCAGUGGUGACGGAUAGGGAGCGUAAGGCAUUGCAGGAGGAGGCCCGUAAAGCCCAUGGCAAGAACUCCGAAGGCCAACCACAGCCCACUGCUCGAGUUGUUGGUGUUAUCAAGCGAAACUGGAGGCAAUACGUUGGGCAUGUCGACUCAGGCUCGACAGGCGUGCAAGCUAGUUCUGGUCGGCGACAGCAGAAUGUCUUCGUGCUACCUAUGGACAAGAAGGUCCCCAAGAUCAGGGUCCGAACUCGCCAAGCAGGGGAUUUAUUGGGCCAGCGGAUCCUGGUCACGAUUGACGCCUGGGAUCGGGAUUCUCGAUAUCCCACUGGACACUUUAUACGUUCUUUGGGUGAACUGGAGACCAAGGGCGCGGAGACGGAAGCUCUGCUUCUCGAAUACGAUGUCCAAUACAAGCCCUUUCCCAAAGUGGUUCUCGAUUGCCUCCCGCCUCAAGGGCAUGACUGGAAGGUUCCUGCGAGCAAAGAAGAUGUCGGGUGGAAGGGACGGAGAGAUCUUAGAGACCUCCUCAUUUGCAGUAUUGACCCGCCUGGCUGUCAAGAUAUUGAUGACGCCCUUCACGCACGGCCUCUGCCGAACGGUAACUUUGAGGUGGGUGUCCACAUUGCCGAUGUGUCUCACUUUGUCAAGCCAAACAAUGCAAUGGAUCUCGAGGCAAGCCUUCGUGGAACCACUGUAUAUCUAGUCGACAAGCGUAUUGAUAUGCUCCCGCAUCUGCUUGGUACAGACCUUUGCUCUCUCAAACCCUAUGUGGAACGUUAUGCUUUCUCGGUCCUGUGGGAGAUGACACCCAACGCCGAAGUUGUUUCGGCAGACUUUACCAAGUCUGUUAUUAGAUCACGCGAGGCUUUCAGUUACGAGCAAGCACAAUUGCGCAUCGAUGAUAAGUCUCAGAAUGACGAACUGACGCAGAGCAUGCGGACCUUGCUCCAUAUGUCCAGAAUCCUUCGCCAGAAGCGUAUGGAUGCGGGUGCACUGAACCUCGCCUCGCCAGAAGUCCGGAUUGAGACGGACAACGACGAAGUCGGAGAUCCCUUGACGGAUGUCAAGACUAAAGCGAUGCUGGAGACCAAUAGUCUAGUUGAGGAAUUCAUGCUUCACGCCAAUAUUACGGUUGCCGCCAAAAUCUACAGCGCCUUCUCCCAAACAGCCUUAUUGCGGCGACAUGCCACUCCGCCGCCGCAGAAUUUUGAAGAACUCAUCAAUCAGCUCGCCAAGAAGCGGAACAUGGAACUUGACAUAUCUAGCUCUAGGGCACUCGCUGACUCAUUGGAUCGCUGCGCGGACGCGAAGAAUCCGUUCUUCAACACGCUCGUUCGUAUUCUGGCGACUCGUUGCAUGACUUCCGCAGAGUAUUUCUCCGCUGGUGCUCAUGCUGAAUCUGAAUUCCGCCACUAUGGUUUGGCAUCGCCCAUCUACACGCACUUCACCUCGCCCAUUCGACGAUACGCGGAUUUGAUGGUUCACCGACAACUCGCGUCCGCCAUUGGUUACGAGGGCGAAGACGGCCGAGCCUCAAUUGAGGGUAUUACCACCCGUAACAGGCUCGAAGAUAUCUGCCGUAACAUCAAUUACCGUCAUCGCAAUGGUCAAUUCGCCGGACGUGCUAGCAUCGAGUACUACGUCGGACAGGCCUUGAAGGCUCGUGGUGAGAAGCUCGCGGCCGAUGGCAUUGACACUGGCAUUGAUGAGGAGGGAUACGUUAUGCGAGUGUUUGAGAACGGCGUGGUGGUCUUUGUACCCCGGUUUGGUAUCGAGGGUGUCGUUCGUCUGGAGGACUUUGUGCUCCCCGGUGAGUCGGCGGUGCGGUCUGUCGAAGACCGACGCGAGCUGGCUAUCCGCCGGGAGACAGAAUUCGACCGGGAGGAGUAUACCUUGCAGGUCUCAGAGAAGGGUCACCCAGAGAAGGAACGGGGUGUGACGGUUGAGCUCUUCCAGAAGGUGCAGGUGAAUGUCAGCUCGAUCAAGGAGGAAGGCCGGGGUGCUGGGAAGAGAAGGGUGCGGAUUUUGGUGAUGGGGACAGGAAAAUAA